AUCGUGUGCUUUACUCAGAGGAUAACUGGAAUGUACAAGCUUAACAAAUUUUAUUGUUAAACGCUGUAGUAUGAGCGGUGUGUUUGGACUUCGUCAUGUAGACUUUGAACUAUCUCAAAUUGACUCAGGAAAUCGAAAUUUCAGCGAUCAAAUUUGCCAAAACUGUACUUAAACUUUCUUCUCGAAUCAUUCUUAAGAUAAUCCAAGGAGGAAUUUGUUUCACCGAGGUCUGAAAGCUGUAUUGAAAUAGGAAUUUUUUGAGAAUAAAAUGGUUGAAUCUGUCGAUGCCAGGUCAAAAACAUGUUGCCGCGAACUUUUUAAACGAGUUGCAGACCGUCGACCCCAUUUUACGGAGGUGGAUCCUGAAGCGGAAUUUUGGCAACAGAGGGGACAGUGCAGCCGAUUUGGCCUGGUGACCCCUUUAUUUGCAGCCUUGAUGUUCCUUGUCGAUGUUGUUAUGGACUGCGAAAUGGCUGCAACGCACUACAGAGAGGGGAACCACAAAUGGGCAGCAUAUACGCUGGCCGUAGUCAUAUUUUCGCUGGUUUUUAUUGAGGUCUUGUCAGCCAUAUUUUACCGUGACGAUCAAACAAAUGAAGGAAAAAGUUCGUGGCUGGAAUAUUUCCAAUUACAAGUGAAGCCUUGGUUUUAUGCUGUCCAUUUGAUCUUUUGCGGUCGUUUUCUACGAUUGUUUCAGAUACUCAAGACUGUGCGUUUCAUAAGAAGAAUUUCUACGCCGCAUAAAGAAAAUAGUGAGUUGUAUCGGUUGUAUAUAUCCCAACAAGUAGACACAAGUACAUUGAGCGUUGUGGAAGCGUUUACCGAAGAAGCACCCCAGGUUGCCCUACAGAUGUACAUCCUGGUUCAGAAAUCAAAUUUGGACUGGACAUCUUUUGCGGAUUGGUUUAUUUUAGUGAACAUCAUCAAGUCUUUAAGUUUCUUCUCUUUUAAUCUGCUCAAUUUUGGCAGAAUGUUACGCUUAGGAAGAGAAGAGAGCCAAUUAUUGGAACUCUUCAGCUUUGCCUCUCUUUUUCACUUCGCUUGGCGUUUGUCUAUGGUUGCUUCUCGUAUCCUGGCUUUGGUGCUUUUCGCUUCUCUUUACCAAGCCUGGGUUUUCGCCGUCGUUUGUGUCCAUUUGUUGUUCUCCUACAUGCUUUUACGUGGACAGCCAAAUGUUUACUUCGAAGAAGGAUGGGUAUACGACAAAAUUCUCAGAUUUGCGUUUGCUUUCGUAAACGUGUUUUGUUUCUUUCCAUUGGCGGGCAAAGACACUCGAAAGUGGGGAGGCCCUUAUUAUAUGGUGACGUUCAUCGAAAACUCCAUCUUAGUGUUGAUGUGGUAUUUCUAUAGCGACCGGAAGCAUUCUUAUAAGGUGAUGAUGUUGAUAGCAGAGUGGGGCUUAUUUUUUUUUGGUCAGCUCUCCUUAUUAGUUUAUUACGGUGUUUUUCAUCCCUCCUUAAAAGACCAAAACGAUGCUGGUUCCUGUCGCAUUAUUUCCUCUCUUCCAAUCGAAUUACGACCCCCCGAGAAAGUUGUACCGGGUCAAGAGAAAGAAAAUGGACAAAAUGUUACUCAACAGUAUGAAAGUAACGUUUGAAUUCUCUUUGACACUGAAGUGGGCGGAAUAUUAUAGCACUUUUUAUCUUCAAAGGGUGUUCUAAAUUUCUUUGUUCUGAUGAUAUGCUGGCGCACAGAAACAAACCAACUAUCAGAAUAUAUUUUAAUGAUUCCUCAAGAACAAAAUUAAAUAUAUCAGUUAGGUCAUUUGUACCUACAAACCUGCAUCGCGCCUAGAAGCCAGGCAAACUUGCAUAAAUAACGAAAUAACUUAGAACUAGCAAAAUUUUUAGAUCUGGGUCGAUAUAUAUAAAGACACCUAUUUUUAAAAAAGGAACUUCUGCGGAGUUGUUUCAAAGACUAAUUUUUACAUGUGUGAUAUACACGGGUAAAGUCCGACCUGUAAUUACAAGAAUUUAGUAAAACAAUUUCCAUGGUGGAAUUUA